AUGGUUCAAGAAGGCAUUGUGUUGGGCCAUAGAAUUUCUAACAAGGGCAUAGAAGUGGAUAGAGCAAAGCUGGAAGUCAUAGAAAAAUUUCCACCACCUACUACAGUCAAGGGGAUUAGAAGCUUUUUGCGGCAUGCGGGCUUCUAUAGGAGGUUUAUAAAGGAUUUUUCAAAGAUUUCUAAGCCCCUUUGUUCCUUACUUGAGCAUAAUCGAGCAUUUGAGUUCACCAAGGAGUGUCAAGAAGCAUUUGUGACUUUAAAAAAGGCUCUUAUCACCGCACCCAUCAUUGUAGCUCCGGAUUGGUCUCUCCCCUUUGAAUUGAUGUGCGAUGCUAGUGAUUUUGCUGUGGGUGCUGUACUUGGGCAGCGAAAAGAGAAGGUUUUUCCAUUCCAUUUACUAUGCAAGCAAGACAUUAGUCGAUGCCCAAUUGAACUAUACUACCACCGAGAAAGAUCUUUUGGCGGUGGUGUUUGCUUUUGA